CGAAAGGUGUCGCUGUCUUGAGAAGGAAUGAUGGGAAAUGUCUAUGUGGAGGAAGUGGACAGCUGAUGUGAUGUCUUAUCAUUAACCCCUGUCAUAAUCUGCAAUGGGUUAGAACAAUAAUUAUGGCAUGACAUAAAACUGAAAUAUUGCAAAAUGUCAAACUUCAUUCCAAUGGUCUCGGCAUCACCGCCGCCAUUUGAUGACCAUUCCUUUGGAUAUGAUGAUGAGGAUGAUGACUUUGGCAACUUCACAGGGGCUGGAGAUAGUCAUGAAUCCUCUCCAGAUCCCCCGGAACUACCUCCUUUUGAAGCUGACCAUUCAGACUCCACAGCUGUGGUGAAGGAAAAUAUGAAAAAUAAUAAUCCUCUAUCUGAGAAACAAAAAAGUACAAAUACAAAUGAAAAUGCAAAUGGUUUCCAUGAACAAGAGGUCAAUUCUAGAAAUACCUUAGUUAAUGGAACUGAAGAAGAGUCUGAAUUUGCAGAUUUUGAGCAAUAUGAUGAUAAUCCUGAAAUAGACGUUAGCUGCAAGAAACCUCACAUUGAGAAGUUACCCAUUCAACCAUCUUGUGAAAAUACACCAUUAACAAUAAGUAAUCAUGAUGUGAAGGACUUACAAUCAAAAGACUCUCUCAAUGUACAGAGUGAAACCUCUCCUGACAAUGGCAGCUGUGAUUCCAGAUCGCCCACCUGUGAUGAUAAAGAUACAGUACCCGCAUCAGUUAAAGUUUCACGAGACUCAACAACAGAUUCAGGGAUGUUCAGCACAGACAUCUCGCCUGUGCCCAAAUCAGAAGAUACAGCUGAGUUCUGUGAUAAGAGCUGUGAAUCUGACAACGAUGACACAUUCCCUGAAUUGCCUCGAGACAAAACAGAAACCACAGAUUCACCUGUUUGUGAAUCUUAUGAACCAAAAACUGCAGUAGAUUCCAAUGUGAUAGCAAAUGAAACAAGGACUAGUCUAGGGUUAGAUACAUGUUCCUCCACGGAUGACUGUGCUAGUGAAGGUAGUAAGGAAGAUAACUCUUGUCUUAGUCAUACCAAGGUAGAGGAGGAGGACACUAUACACAGCAAAGAUGAUCAAACAGUGUCCUACUCAUCCACUGACCAACAGGUCUCGCCUCUGGACAGUCGAGAUGAUUCUCAAGCUCUCUCUGAACAGAAUGAAAAGUCUAGUCAAGAUGUUUCCUUUGGCCAUGUGGAGAGUUCUGGUCAGAUUGAAGAUGAGGAUGACUGGGGUGACUUUGACUCAGCAGAUGAUGGUCUGCAGGAUCAGGGAGCUCAGAUUGAGCAAAGUCAGGUAGAUGAGGAUUGUGUGAGUGGGACCAGUAGUGCAAUUGCAGAUGUACAAGAAGAAGAAGACGAAUGUUUGGAGGCUAUUGAAGAAGCUUUGAAAGAUUCCACAAAUACAGGAAGUGUUGAUUUGGAUGAACCAGAUCAGUUAGAUAUGGAUAUUGAUGCAGAGAUUCCAAAGAACACAUCUGGUAUUUGUCUUGAAAAGGAUGAAACAUGUUGCACUUCUCAACUUCAGACAGAUUCUGAACCAUCCCAGGUAGAAUGUUGUGAUGUGUUAGAUCAAAGGACAGAAAGUGAUAUUGAUUCAAAGGAACACAAUGAGUCUACUGGAGAAAAUGUUUGUGCUGAUGAUGAUGCUUCGGUACCUGAUGAUGCUUCUGUACCUUGUGAUAGUCAGGUGGAAGAAUCUGAUGGUUUUGUGGCAGAGGAGGAUGAGUGGAAUGCAUUUGGUGAGUUCUCUGAAGCUGCUGAUGGUGAUGACAACAAUUGGGCUAAUUUCCAAUCUACUUCAGAUGAGCCCACAGAAACAGAACUCAAAUCAACAGAGGAUGAAGACUUUGGUGACUUUAACACAGCACAAGAUUCCGAGGAAGAGGAGGAUAAAGAAGAAUUUGGUGGUUUUACCUCAGUCAGUGAUAAAGACACUGCAGAUGAUGAUGGUGAUUGGGCUAACUUUGAGGAUAGCAAACCAAACCAGGCAUCACAGAUUCCAACUAAACUGCCUGUUCCUGGUACAGCUGCCUCAGUUUCAGCUUCACAUUCCAAGGUGUCUUCAGAGAAGCUAGAUCACAUCUUGUCCUCAUGCUUCCCGUCCUCAGACUCUGAAGGGACAGAGACCUGCCCAUCUCAGCUGGAGGUUCUUAUCUCAGCUCGACCAGACAUGGGAACAGUCUCCAUGCACAUAUCCAAAACCACUACAGGGAAAGCAAGAGGGCCUGGUGUGGUGUGGCAUUCCCUCCGUGAUCUGGACAAAACAAGUGCCCUUGUCUACCAGUGGACAUCCUCAACUGCUAACAAGCACAUGUUUAAAACUCUGCGCAUUGACACACAAAAUAUUCUCAUUGGUCACAAGAAACAAUCUGUGCCGAUAUUUGCAUCCAAUAUUGGUUUACUUGAGCCAAUCCGAGGCCCAGUUGAUGCAAAACCACUGCAGCCCAAGCUGAAUCCUACUCUGGUUGAUCCUGACAAGGUUGACGACAAUGCUGGGGGAGCCCAGGAGCUUCCUCCUGUAGAGUUUGACUGGGAUAAUAGCGGACUUACAAACCCGCUGACAGCAGAAGAAAAGUCCAAGAUGAAAGCAGUUAAUGGCGAGAACCCAGUUCAACCAAUAAACAGUAGCAUGUCAAAGACGCUAGAUUUGGAUUUUCUGUCAGUGCAAGAGACAGAGAAUGUUAACAAGAACACAGAUGAAUGGGACUGGGUGUUUCAAUCCGAGAUCCUGGAUGCACCCCGGUCAUCGGUGAAGUCUUUACCUCCCCUGGAAGAUGUCCUCAAGAACAUGAAGGUGACGACCACUACCAAGCGGCGCCGUGAGGAGCAUCUCUCAGAGGAGGCGGGACGGAUAAUAGACUCACUGCCUAUCCUCUCCUUUAUGACAUCUAAAGUUCUCAUGUUCCCUCUUAGACAGGCUGAUGAUUAGUCUAUAGCUUGUAGGUAGGAUUCUUUAGUACUGGUACAUUAACAACAGACUCAAAGAUCACAGAGUAUUUCUGUGCUGGAGUUCACACCUGUCUGUAACUGAUAUCUCGCCAAUCAACAGGGCAAGGAGAGUGUCAUUAGGCAGUCAGAAGCCUAUGUUAAAGAAUGGGAAAUACAUAUGUUGUAAUUGUAAGAUUCCUUCUAUAGGAACAAUGCCCGGGUGACAAUUUGACAUUUCUGAGCCUCUACUCAGAUGUGACUGCUUGUGUCAAGCCUGUUUUCAAUUUGAAACUGGCAGUUUGGGAAGAGUGAGCUACCCACAUUAUUUGUGUGUGCAUUACAACAGCACUGUGAAAAAUGAAGAGUUGGCAUUGUGUACCUGAUAUUUUGUUAGGGACGUUUUUGUUGCGGUCUCAAUCUCAUUAGAGUUAAAUAUUUCUCUUCAGUUCAACACACUCUCUGUGUGAAGAUCUGACAAACCCUUCUCCAUUUGUCUAAUUCAGUGAACUUUGUCAGUGUUUAAAAUUCUCAAUACUCGUUUUGAACCAGUGAAGUAUCUGAUUCGUAUUUAAAAAUGUUUAAUUGACAUGACAGGUGAAGGUGGAUCUGAUCUUUAGAGAGUGGGUUAUAUGGAAUCUGAAUGAAAUGUCUGAUUUUAAUGAGAUUGGUAGCUGCAUGUUCAGUUGGUCUGCCCUGAAUUCUGAAGUUUGUUUACCAGUACUAUCUUUAUUCAUUAAGGUAAUCCAUCAAUAUUCUUCAUUCAGUCUUGUGUAUUCAGUAGUGUACAACUAAGGUCAUGUACAACAGAGGCAAUAAGAGUCGCUUAGUUUAUGUGGAAUUCAUUCUGUAAAUCCCACAGUUAUAGAUUGCACUGAGUCAUUUAAAGCACACUCCACUGUCAAGUUGGUCCCUGUAGGAAUGCUGUAUUUUGGUCACCAUGAACUUUGUCAUAUUCUGAAGCAUUUAGGCAACCAGCUUUCCUUUUGCAAGACAUUUUGCAACUUGCAAAGACAACAUUGUUGGCUAUCACAUUAUAUUGUCUCUGAGGUCUGGUUUUGGUUGAGCAGUGGUGCUUCCCAUAUGAUCAUGAUCAUGGAGACUUGUAUGUUAUGGAUUGACUGUACUUUUUUGUUUGACUGACGCACAAUACAUGUAUUAGUGUCAGCUAAUAUCUGUUACUUAUGAAGUCACCUUUAUAAUGUUUACUUUGAUUGUGUCUUAAAAUUGUGAAUAAUAUUGUAACCCUUUCUAAAUAGAAUUAUUUGAAAGAAUUUGUUAACAAACAAAAUACAUAUUUAGUGGAGUAUGUAUAAGAUGAAAAGUAAUACUGUAACCAUAGCCAUUGGUAGAAUUGCUGCAUAUUAUCCAUUUGUGUCUAGCUACAUAAGCAGGUCUAUUGACUGAGGUAAUCUGUCAUCUAUCAUGGAAAGGAGUCUUGUUCAUUCAACUGACUGAGAUCUGCUCCCAAAUUGUCCUUUGCAAGUUGACCCAGAGUUAUAUUCAGGUUUGUUGGUUUGACUUGAGGAGUAAGUCAGGGGUAUUAGGGUAACCUUUGUAUUGCUUUGUUGAACUUUGUCCAACAGGGUUUCACUGGAUCUUCCUUCUCUAAGUUAAUCAUGGACCAAUGGGUUGUCUUCAUAGACAAGCUUUUUGACAGAGUAUGAUAUACACCCAGAACCAACUUAUUAGGAGAAUAAGUAUGCAGUCAUAUCUUAUUGGUGCACAUAUCUUCAAAAUAUUUGGUACAAAUUAUGAUUGAAAUUAAUCAGAAUUUUUUUUGUUAUAUGGGAGAUGUCCAGUAUCUCGGUCUGAUAUUGACCAUGUAUGUAUAGAGGUGACAGGGACUGCGUUGUUACAGGUUGUUACUGGUGAGAGAGGCAUGAAUCAGGAAACGAAACUGUGAUUAUAAACAUCUAUAUGAUAUGUGCAAUGUGAUGUAUAUAAUGUGAUUUCCUCUCUCUCAAUAUUGUGGUAGAGUUGUACAGUAUUCUGAAAACCCUGUAAUCAGUAUCUUCUCCAUCUUAAGUGCUAUAGUGGAAAUUACAACAACAUACAUAUAAUGCCAAAUUAUAUCUGGAUGAAGACCAUCUAAUAUUUAAACCUGUGGUAUGUAUGGAUGCCAAUAUUUUAUUAAUCAUACUUUCUGUUAUUAUCAUUUACUAUUUUACUGUGUUCAGUUCCAAACAGGUUUCAUUCCAGUCUCAUUUCUUCAUAUCCCCAUCAAGAUGUACCUGUGCAGUUGCUUGGCAUUAUUAUCAGGUUUGUUAUUCAAUCAAAACAGCAAGUAUUAGAAUAUGAUAUAUUAUGUUGAGUUCAUCUGGUUAAGAUCAUGUUAGCAUACUUUAUUUUUGUAAUUGAACAUUUCCUUGACCAGUAAGACUUCAUGGAGUGUUUUACUGAAAUACAACCUUAUAGGUCAACCUUUACGGCAGGAUAGUUUGUGUGUUUCAUAUUAGUUACUGUGGAUUGUCUGUUAUUGACCUAAAAUAUUCUCAAAUCAUAGACAUAAUUUUUCAAAUGAAAAGUGUGAAACCAUUAAAAUUAUGCCUCAACUCUUUUAAUACUUGUUAGAAUAUUUUGGGGCAUAUGUUAUGAUGAUAAGCAUUUCAACCAGUUUUAAUUUAACCAUUUAAUUAUGGUUCUUUUGGAACUUGUCGAAGGGAAAUGAAGUUGAUAUUUCAAAGUAAGCUAUGUUAACUGUCCAUUUUGAAAUCCUAUUUCCUUUGUUAUAGAUGGAGUAGAAGUACAAAUCUGUCACUGAAUAUGAAAAUUUUGCUGUAGAAUGUUCAGGGGGUUGACGAUGAAAGAUUAUGCACAACUGUCAUGAUUGUUUCAUGAUUUUAGACUGGUCACACCACUAGAUUAUUUUUUUUGAGAGAAAUGUUAUGAGUCCAAGCAAGAACACUAGAUGGACUUAGAAUCAUCCAGAUCAAGUGGUGUCAGUGGUUAAGAAACAGCUGUAGCACUCAUAGAGCUUUAAUAUGAUCACUGGAUGUACGGCUAGCUGACUAGGUGCUGCUGCAGGGUCUGUUAAUCUUAUUUAUUGGUUGUUUUAGCAUUAGUUUGUUAUAUGUUCAGUCUGCUUGGUUGUGACUUUAAAUGCUUUUGGAUUAUUUUAUUGUAUCUUUUGUUGUUAACUACAAGCUAAAUUCUAUCCUGUGAUGGGUAGAUAUUAAUGUGUUUUCCAGGUUUAUAGGCUAUUUAUUUGUUUGCUGAUAUCGACCAGCGUUCGACUACUCCUCAACUUAAAGGAUGGUGAAUGUAGACUGACCACACAUCUGUGCAUUCCUGAUGUAGGCUUUCUGAACACAGUUAACUUGAUGGGUGUUGGUAUUCAUUGCACUGUUGAAGGUGGUAGAGUUGCAGAGUGGUGUGUUUGUCAUGUAGUAAACCCUGGGGUGAUUCUCCAUAGCCUUGAACAAUCCCAUGAUUGAAAAG